AUGGCCGCGCCUUCUGGUCACCGCACUCGCGGUUCUGAUGAUCUCGGUGUCUACGACGACGCCAAAAGCUACUAUACGGAAGAGCGUCACCAAAACCGUGCCGGUCCCCGCACCCGAACUUAUUCCCAGAACAGUUUGAUGUCCCGUUUCGAGCGUGUUAACCUUCGGGAACCCUUUCGACGUGGCAGCCAUGAUGAGGUCUCUCAACAGAACCGACGCUUUCUAAUUCAAGUCGAUUCAACAUUGGAAAGUCUGUCACUCCAAGAAGACCCCAAUGGAAACAUGCAAAUCACGAUCGAGGACAAUGGACCCAAAGUCAUUUCUCUGCGUACCGCUGCUUCAGCUGGUCACAACCGUUUCGACGUGCGAGGAACUUAUAUGCUGUCCAACCUACUGCAGGAGUUGACCCUGGCCAAAGAGUACGGACGAAAGCAGAUUGUUCUGGACGAAGGUCGUCUCAAUGAAAACCCAGUCGACCGUUUGUCUCGUAUGAUUCGUGACCAUUUCUGGGACAACUUGACGAGACGCAUUGAUGCUUCAACUGUCGAUAUUGCGGCUAGAGAUCCCAAAGACUGGACAGCCGACCCACGCCCACGCAUCUACAUUCCGUAUCGAUGCCCUAAACAAUACGAGUUCUACAAGAGAGUUGCCGAAGAGAGACCUGAGAUGCGCCUGGAUGUUCAGAUGUUGCCUGAGAAGAUCACCCCAGACCACGUCCGUGACAUGAACGAUGCACCUGGUCUCCUGGCCGUCGACGCGCAAGAAGUGCCGGAGCCGGAGCACCCUUCAGGAUGGACUCUCAAGGGUAUGCCCUUUGUGGUUCCUGGUGGUCGAUUCAACGAGCUUUAUGGUUGGGAUAGCUACAUGGCUUCCUUGGGUCUUCUUGUCAAUGACCGGGUCGAUCUGGCCAAGUCAAUGGUCAUCAACUUUUGCUUCUGUAUCGAACACUACGGCAAGAUCCUAAAUGCAACUCGUUCUUACUAUCUCUGUCGAUCACAGCCUCCGUUCUUGACCGACAUGGCGCUUCGUGUCUAUGAAAAGAUCAAGCACGAACCCGAUGCCAAGGAGUUCCUUCGACGAUCCAUCCUGGCUGCCAUCAAGGAGUAUCACAGCGUUUGGGUCUCGGAGCCCCGAUUAGACCCCACCACAGGACUGUCGAGAUACCGCCCAGAAGGUCGUGGAGUACCUCCUGAGACUGAGGCUACUCACUUCGUGCACAUCCUUGAUCCUUAUAUCAAGAAGCACAACACGAACUUUGAAGACUUUGUGCGAAAGUACAAUCACGGCGACAUUGUGGAGCCCGAACUCGACGAAUACUUCAUGCACGACCGUGCUGUACGCGAGUCGGGUCACGAUACUUCAUACCGUCUCGAGGGCGUGUGUGCCGACCUGGCCACGAUCGACCUCAACAGUCUUCUGUUCAAAUACGAGACCGACAUCGCCCGAACUAUCCGCAGUGUCUUCAAUGAUAAGCUGACCAUGCCCGAGGAAUUUUGCGCCGGCACACCUUAUGAGCCUGGCGAGGUCCUCUCGUCGGCGGCCUGGGAUCGCCGAGCCAAGCGCCGUAAGCUUACUGUAGACAAGCUGAUGUGGGAUGAGAAGGAGGGCAUGUUCUUCGAUUAUGACACCGCGAAGCGCCAACGAUGCACAUAUGAGAGUUGCACAACCUUCUGGGCUCUCUGGGCUGGCAUUGCCACGCCGAAGCAGGCGGCUGAGAUGGUCCGCAAGGCUCUCCCCAAGUUCGAGGCAUACGGCGGUCUAGUUUCAGGAACGGAAGAAUCGCGUGGAGCCGUCGGCCUUGAUCGACCUAACAGACAGUGGGAUUACCCAUAUGGCUGGCCUCCACAGCAAAUGCUGGCGUGGACCGGUUUGAUUCGCUACAGCUUCACUGAAGAGGCAGAGCGAAUUGCCUACAAGUGGCUUUUCAUGGUCACAAAGGCCUUUGUUGAUUUCCACGGCGUUGUCGUUGAGAAGUACGACGUGACACGACCAGCCGACCCCCAUCGCGUAGAUGCAGAGUACGGCAACCAAGGUCUUGGUUUCAGAGGUGUCAACAAGGAAGGAUUUGCAUGGGUCAACGCCAGCUAUAUCUAUGGCUUGCAAAUCAUCAAUGCUCACAUGCGCAGAGCACUGGGGGCCCUGACACCUUAUGAUACACUGAUGAAAGCUAUCGAACAGAACGAAGAGAAAACGCUCGCUGGCCUGCUCAGUUCAUAG